AUGGAAGAUUACUUAGAAAGAAUUCAACGCAGCUUUCCUUGGCAUUACGACACUGGAGUUAUUUCUUCAUCAGAAGAGAGUCCCUUAAUUGCAAACAAAAAAAAUAUUCUGAACGAAAAAAUUAACCUUUUACUUGAUGAAUAUAAAUCUUACAUUACUCAAGAAAUAGCGGAAAAUGCUGGAGACUUGCGAGAGUUGAGCCAGUUAAAUGAGCAAAUUUUUGAAAUUCAAACUAGGGCAAAGAUACAUUGAGAUGAUUGCGGCGGCAGUCUUACUUGUAAAUGACUGGUUGAUCUACUUGCUUCAAAAAUCCUGUACGUAAAAGAUAAGGAAGACAUUGACAAAUUUGAGCGAAAAAUUAUUUUACAAAGUAUUGAAGACAUUUCUGAAUGAAUCAAAACUUCAAGCCGCCCUGAGGUUUUCAUAAGAAUCAUAGCUCGUUUGCCUAUAUUCAAGCAGAAAUGCUUGGAAAGCUUAUACAAAUAUCUCAUUGAUAGGGAAAUUUUAAACCAUUUAGUUCAAAUAAAUUGCAAGGUACCGACACUUCAUACUACUGAACGCAGCUUAAACUUUCUCAGUUUUUUGAUAACAAUUUUCAGUUUCGUGAACCUAUUAAUAUCUAUUAUAAACUCCAAAGAGGGAGAGAGUAUUGGAAUCAUCAUUUCUUCAGUUUUAUUGAUUAUCUGGAUAAUUUUUAGUAUUUCCCUAUUAUAUGAUAUAAAAAGCAUCAGAUCUUUCACAGUUAUUUCUUUAAAGAAUCCUUUUUCAAAAUUGAGCAAAGAAGAAGUACAAAAAGAAGAAAACGGUUUUUUAGGACAAAUUAAUUAA